AUGGGGAUUUUUAUGAGCUUCAUGGGAAAAGGGUUGCCAACAACACAGAUGUUAAGUUUGGUGAUGGGAACACUUUACAGGCAGUUCGUAGAGAAAGAUGUCGAAAACUUUGAGGACUUCCACAUGGCAAUCCUUGAUAUCUUCAACAACGUCAAUGCAGCAUUGCCCGGUAAACAUUAUGAUGUUCCACCGCGGAAAGAAAUUGAGGCAUGUUUUAUAGAAUGGAAAGAAGCCAAUGAAUCAGAAAGAAAGAAGCUGUUCAUGGACUUCAUGAAAAAUAGAGUGAAUCUUAGCAAGUUGGAUGACUCCACCCUCAUUACCGGACUGGUAACACCUCCAGCAGCCAUGGCAGUUAAGAGAGCCGGUGAAAGUGUGCCUCAGCUGAGAAUGAUCAAGGCCAUCCCCGAUGUCCUUUUCGUGCCCUCUGCCACAGUGCUGGCUCUUGUCUCAGUUAAGCUUUCCAGGAGGAUGUUCCUCGGAAAUGUGGCAUCCUGAUUGCGGAGUCUCAACCCGAAUGCGCACAUGAUGUAGAAAAUCUUCUUUAACAUGUUCUCUUAUCCUAACUCGGUCCCAAUCAAGGAAAGAAAAAGAAAGAAAAUCGACAUGUACAGAGAUGCAAGGGGACUUGUAAGCAAAUAUGCAGUACAAGAAAGAUGCAAUUAACAUGCAAACAACUAUAUUGUAAGACUUUGUCGGCCUGAG